AUGGACUUCGCACCCUACCAAGACCAAUCCCCCGAAACGAACCGCGCCCUCUCGCCCCCUCCCUCCGAAACCCGCCGUUCCUUCUCCCCCAACGUCCGUCCAGCACCCGCGCUCUCACCCACCAGCACUCCACCAGCACACCCGACAUCGAAUCCUUGGAUCCCAAGCUCAGCACAAGGACAAGGAUUCGGAAGCGGGGAUGUAGAGGAAGGAGGAGGUGGUAAUUUUGGUGGCAGGGAAGAAAGAUUAAAUGAAUUUGAGACCAGUUUACCCAUACGCUUGGAUUACGAGGCGUGUCUGGCGUAUUUGUUGUUACCGCCUGCUGGGGGCGUGCUGCUGCUGCUGUUGGAGCAGAAGAGUGAUUAUGUGCGAUUCCACGCCUGGCAAUCCGCAUUACUCUUCACGGCAGUCUUUGUCUUGCAUCUGAUAUUCAGCUGGAGUACGUUCCUCAGUUGGACCAUAUUUGUGUGUGAUAUGGUGGGGAUUGGGUAUUUGAGUUUUAGGGCAUAUAGGGAUGCUGAGACGCUGGAUCGGUGCGAAGUGCCGUUUUUUGGGCGGCUAGCGAGUAGUAUUUUGGAUGAUGAAUGA